GUGAGGGACAGGGGCCACCUGGGGCAGUGACAGUCGGGGGCAUGCCGCACACGGGGGGCACUCUCAUGUGAGGUGGGGCGCAGGACGUGGCAGUGCGGGCACAGGGGCACACACCGAGCAGAGGGACAGACAUGUCACACACCCGCCCGCCUCUGAGCUGAGGAUGGACUCCAGAACCAGGGAGAAGCCGGAGAGAACAUUUGAUUUGGUGCUAAGGGUGGAGUGUUCUGCUUCUGAAAAUGAAGAUCCAGCCUUGCUGUGGAAGUUCCCGGAGGACUUCUCGGACCAGGUUGGUAACAUCACAAGACUUGCUAUGCAUGGUGCCAAAGUUCUGCUUUCCCUUUGCCAUUGAAAGGGGGGCACAGGCUCAGAUGGGACAGCACUUUACUUUUGUGUUGACUGAUAUAGAGAGUAAGCAGAGGUUUGGAUUCUGCCGCUUGACUUCAGGGGGUAAAAUUUGCCUGUGUAUUCUAAGUUAUCUGCCCUGGUUUGAGGUCUACUACAAGCUGUUAAAUACUUUGGCUGACUAUUUGGUCAAGGAGCAGGAAAAUGAUUUGAAUGACAUAUUAAAGACUCUGUACAAUCAUCCUGUUCCUGAAGCGCACACUCCUGUUAGUCUGAACUUGAACCCACUACAGUUUAUAUCACAUGAACCUCUUUUAAAAAGCCCUCUUACUCCUGAGCUGCACUCGUUCUUCAUUACUCCUGACGUAACCGGACUGCCGACAAUCCCCGAAAGUAGGAAUCUGACUGAAUAUUUUGUUGCCGUGGAUGUAAAUAAUAUGCUUCAGAUAUAUGCAAGCAUGUUGCACGAACGCAGAAUUAUCUUCACCUCAAGAAAACUAAGCACGUUAACAGCCUGUGUUCAUGCCUCUGCCUCUCUUCUGUACCCCAUGUAUUGGCAGCACAUUUACAUCCCUGUUCUUCCUCCACAUUUGCUAGACUACUGUUGCGCCCCGAUGCCUUAUCUAAUUGGAGUUCACUUUAGCCUCCUAGAGAGGGUGAGAAGUAGAUCCUUGGAUGAUGUGGUAUUACUGAAUGUGGACACCAACUCAUUGGAAACUCCUUUCAAUGACCUUUCAGCUCUACCUAGUGAUGUGGUCUCAACCCUGAAAAGCAAGCUGAAGAAGCAGUCGACAUCUACUGGAGAUGGAGUGUCCCGUACUUUCCUCAGAGCACAGGCUGCACUGUUCGGUUCAUACAGGGAUGCUCUCCGAUACAAACCUGGAGAACCAGUCACAUUUUCGGAAGAGAGCUUUGUAGCCCAUCGUUCCAGCACCAUGAAGCAGUUUUUAGAGAAAGCCAUUAACCUGCAGCUCUUUAAGCAGUUUAUAGACGGUCGACUAGAGAAACUGAACUCAGGACGCGGAUUCUCCGACAUGUUUGAAGAGGAGAUAACUGCAGGGAACGUGCGGUCAAAUCAACCUUGGGUGCACACAGUGAAGAAAGGUGGUGCACUAAUUAAUACAGCAGUGAUUAAAGCUAGCCCAGCAAUGAAGAAUGCGUAUAUGUAUGCCAAACAAGGCAUCAAGGAAGUGAAGAGCAAGCUGAAAUAUAAGGAAAUUGAGGAGGAGAAUUCUGUGGAUGGUUUGGAGUCCAUGAACUCCAAUACUUUUCCUUUAAACAACACAAAACGACCUAACUCCGAGAAGCAGAAACUGUCACAGUCAAGAAAAAACCGACAACUUCUGAGCACAGCGAACCAUAACUCUGGGUUGGAGGAUUCUGACACUGGUGACAGUGCCAGCAAGUUGUCUUCAGAGGACAGUGAAGAGGCGUCUGCAUAUCUGUAUGACAGUGACGCUUCCAACGAUGACGUGAGUCUGUCCUCCCGCCCAGGAGGAGAGAUGGAUCUUCUUGGAGAGAUCUUAGACUCACUGAGCACCCACAGUUCUGAUCCUGGUGGAGGCCGCCUCACAGCUGCUAAGAGUCUGGACUUCUUUCGUUCUGUAGAAGAUCUGGACUAUAAGGUUACGAAUAAAACAAAUACUCCCAGUGAGAACAACCUGACGUCACUAUGCUUGGAUCCCGGACAGAACUGGAAAGUCGGCCAUGAAGACAGUGUCCUCUACAGAACUCAUAUCUCUACUACAGCCCACCAGCAAAACAGAGGGGAGUCAUCUUCCAAAGACUUUGACAGACGCAGGUCCGAAUUUCCCCCAGUUGUUCUCAGUGAGGCCGCAGCACCUGGAACAGCUGGACGACCCACCUCUCUUUUCUGCAGACCAGAGGAGGGAGCAGUAUACGGUAUCGGGAUAUCCUCUACUGAGCUUCUACAGAAGAGAUGCGGUACUCAGGUGCCAUGGGAAAAAGAGGAGAUUGACUCAAACGGUGAUCAAAGUCCAAAUAGUCCUCUUGAACAUAUAUCCCGUUUGUGAGUUUGCUUGCUUCCAGCUCCAGCCAUAGACAUUCCAAAAGCUGGGAAGAAGGGGGAGAAUUGGAAGUGUCCCUAGAGGUGCCAUGGAAGUAGAGAAUUGGAAGUGUCCCUUUUAUAGCUACUGUGUCACAAAGUGUCCUAGAUGCAUCAUUUCAAUCCAUCAGGAGGAAUCUAUUGUAAUUUCUGUCACAAAGCAGAAACUCACAAACUUGUUAGUGUGUUUUUUUUUUUUUUUUUACUAUUUUCAUCUCGGUUUUAGGUACAUUAUCUUUUAGAGGCUAUGCACUUUGGUGUGGAUGCUCCUGGUACAUAGAAUUAUUACAGACGAUAUCAUGCCUGCAGAGCCAUGGCGUGCACUGUUAGAAAAUACCUACUGUUAAAGGGGGUUGUUUUAACACUGUAAAGAGGCUUCCCACAAUCCACUUAUGAAGUGGCAGUCAGUCAUGUUGUAAGAGUAAUAUCUCUGGGAGGUUGAUAAAUCUAUAAGAUCCCUCGCACACCUCUAUAAUUACUGUGGAGACACAGAGCGGUACAUUCACAAUGAAUUCCUGGCUCCCCACAAAUGGGACUCUUAUGAUUGAAUAUUGUGCCAUAAAGAUUGAUUGUG